AUGGCAUUGGGGAAGAAGAGAAUCAUUGCGCAGAGAUCGAACUCGAAUUCGAAUUCGAAGCAUCGUCGUGAUGUGGAUGAUGAAGGAUUAGGGUUGGGAUUGGAGCUCGUUCAGUACAAGAGAGGAUUUGGGAGGAAGAGGGUUCAAAUGUCAUCUGGGGAUUCGAUUUUGACAUCAAAAAUCUCAUCGAAGAAUCGAACUUCGGCUUCAGAUGGUCAAAGUCAAGAGCUUGAAGAUCUUCCCCAAGAUGUUCUGGUGAGGAUUCUCUGUGGGGUCGAGCAUGAAGACUUGAAACCAUUGUUUCAUGUUUCGAAGACAAUCAGAGAAGCUACAUUGGUAGCAAAACAGUCACAUUUCGCCUACAAUACACCUCGGAAAGCCGGUCGUGACAUGUUCGGUUUUGGCAAACCGUUCGGUUUAAGCGAUGGUGACGAUGAUGAGAUUAAAGCACCAGGAGCUCCAUUGCAGAAAAGGUACCGGCUUUCGAGGAUAAACCGGGAUGAGGACAAUUCUGGACUCUCGGUGGCUCUGUUCAACUGA